AUGAACAGUGAGCCGCACACAGCCCCAGUGACUAAUUCUGAGAGCAGUGAGGGCAUAGGGUCGCCUUUUCUGCAGAGCAGAGACACAAGCACCUGCGGACCUCUGGUGGACCUGCCGGGAUUCUUUGAGUAUGUGAUUGAUGGCAUGUGCACUUGCUUGGAUGCCAUUGGCGAUGGACUUAAGUUUGCUAAGCUGCUAGAGAGUGACGAGUGCAGAGAGGUCGUGAGCAAUCUGCGCACCAGCUGCGAGAAAUUGGGCCAAAGCCACAUCAGCGCAGCAGCACAGGUUGGUCAACGCGUGGGGCAUUCCGUUUAG